UCGCUCCCCACCCCCCCCUUUUCCUUCGUCCGGAGACCUCGUUAUCGCUCUUAUUAUCCGCUUCUUCUUCGUCUUCUUCUUCGUCUUCUUCCUCCUCCUAUUCUUCGGCUCCAAACCCUAGACCUCUUCCCCUCGACGCCCAUGUCCGCGGAGAGAUCCCUCUCCUUCGAGCCAUGGGAGGAGAUGCAGCGCCAUGGGCAGGAUCUGGCGGAUCGCCUCGCCCAGGGCUUCACCGGCCUCAUCCAAUCCCACAUCGCCCCUCCCCACUUCGCGUGGCCCCCCUCGCCCCCGAAGAACCCCUUCGAUCUCGACCUCCACCAUGCCGCCGCCGAUCACAAGGAGCUCUUCCCCUCCGCCACUACCAUCUUCGACCUCGGCGGCCGGAUCGGCCAGGCCGGGGCAGAGUUUGGCGCAUACAUCGACGGCGUCGUCCAGCAGUUCUUCCGGCGACUCCCAGCGCCGUUCCGGCCGGAGGAGGGCGGCGCCCCGGCGGUGGCGGCGGCCGCGGCGGAGAAGAGGAGGUGGGACGAGGCCGCGGAGAGGCGCGGCGGAGGCGAGGCGAAGGGGAUCGGGUUGGCGGCGGAGCGGCUCGGGGAUCGAGGGUUUGUGGGGGCCGCGACUGCGGCCGCGGGGAGCAGCUUGGAUGAGGAUGAGGACGAGUUCGGAUUCGAUCUCGGGGCCCUCGGGCGUUUCAAGAGGCCACGAGGCACAAUAAAUGUCACUUCAUCAUAUAAUAGUAGAAACCAGGAGAUCGAGAGUUCUUUAGUUGCAAGAGGAGACUUAUGGAGGGUGGAGGCAUCACGUGGGGGUUCGACUGCCGGAAAUGAGAAUUCACCUCUUUUCCUUAUUCAGCUAGGACCUGUGCUAUUUGUUCGAGAUUCAACGCUUCUAUUACCUGUUCAUCUAUCAAAGCAACACUUGCUGUGGUAUGGUUAUGAUAGGAAGAAUGGAAUGCAUUCGCUAUGUCCAGCGUUAUGGUCGAAACAUAGACGGUGGUUGUUGAUGUCAAUGAUCUGUCUCAACCCCCUUGCUUGUUCAUUUCUGGAUCUGCAGUUUCCAAAUGGGCAGCUCACAUAUGUGGCUGGUGAGGGGUUGGCAAGUAGUGCAUUUCUUCCUCUCUUUGGUGGGUUGCUUCAAGCUCAAGGCCGAUAUCCAGGAGAAACAAGAAUUAGCUUUUCUUGCAAGAAUAAGCGAGGUACUCGAAUAACCCCAAUGCUGCAGUUGCCCGACAAAUCUUUUUCCCUUGGGAUUACACGGGCCAUAGCUUGGAAGAGAUCUGGUGUUAUGGUUCGACCUAGUGUCCAACUCAGUGUAUGCCCUACGUUUGGAGGAAGUGAUCCUGGGCUUCGUGCAGAGCUCAUCCAUUCCGUGAAGGAUGAAGUGAAUAUAAUCUGCGGCUGCUCUUGCUCGACCCAUCCUUCUGCUUUUGUCUCACUUUCUCUGGGGAGGUCUAAGUGGAAUGGCCAUGUAGGGAGCUCGGGAAUUGUUAUCAGCGCGGAAACGCCUUUAAGCAACAUUGGCCGACCAUCACUCUCGGUUCAACUAAACAGUGGUUUUGAAAUUUAGCCGUGCCAUCUCCCAACUGUACAGAUCACUGUAUAUAUGACUAAUGUCACUGUCGAUAGGCCUGCAGAAACAGAUCUAUGCAUGAUGAAAUGCCUGUUUCAUUUUCUUUUUUAAUACAUAGAUAGGAUUAGAACCUAUUGUGGGUAUUUUCUCCAUACAGGAAAUUUUGAUUGGAAGAACUCUCAGCUGCAUCGUCGAGAUUAUGGUUGGAGGCAAAUCGGAAAGGGACACAAUUGAUGGCUGGAAAGUAAAAGUUUGGAGAAGAAAUAUAUGAAGUUGGUCAAACUGAUCAGAAAUAUUUAUGUAAAUCCAAUUGUUUCGUAAGUCCCUGUUUUAAAAAUUUUUAUGAGUUUUGCCUGGAUUAGGGACGAUCUUCAGCAACAGCUGUUGAAAAGUUGUAUGAAUGCAAGAUUUCUCUAUGCUUUUCUUUGUUGUAACUCACUAGCUGCAAGGAGACGGUCAUGUAAAUUGGUGUCAGAUGUCUGUGUUAAGUUUACCUGUUGUGCAUAGUUAAGUUUGUGAUACUUCAGUGGAUUUUCUGCUGUGCAUAUUUUUGUUC